UCCUGUUUCAUGGAUGGAAAAGAAGAACCUAUCUAACUUGGAGGAAUUUAUUCUCCUGGGAUUCCCAGGGACACAGGGUUUGCAGAUAACUCUCUUCUUAUUGUUCUUUAUCAUGUACGUGCUCACUGUAAUGGGCAACAUGGCCAUCAUCACGCUGGUGUGUACCAAUCAGCGCCUUCAGACCCCCAUGUACUUUUUCCUCUGUAAUCUCUCCUUCUUGGAGAUCUGGUUCACCACAGCCUGUGUCCCUAAGACCCUAGCUAAUUUUGCAUCUCAGAGCAAAGCCAUCUCCUUCAUCAGCUGUGCCAUCCAAAUGUACUUUGUCUUCUCCCUGGGUUGCACUGAGUAUUUUCUCCUAUCUGUGAUGGCGUACGACCGCUAUCUGGCCAUCUGCUAUCCUCUGAGGUACAGCUCCAUCAUGACCUCCUCUGUCUCAGCCCGGCUCGCCCUGGGCUCUUGGGUGUGUGGCUUUUCAGUCAUAACUGUGCCCACCAUCCUCAUCACUCGCCUCUCGUUUUGUGCCUCCAAUGUCAUCAAUCACUUCUUCUGCGACAUCGCCCCAUGGAUUGUGUUAUCAUGCACUAACACACGGCUGGUAGAACUGGUGGUUUUUGGGAUUUCCUUUUGUGUCAUCUUGGGCUCCUGUGCUAUCACCUUGAUCUCCUACAUCUAUAUCAUCUCCACCAUUGUGAGGAUUCCCUCGGCCCAGGGGCGAUACAAGGCAUUUUCCACCUGCUCCUCCCACCUCACUGUGGUACUCAUCUGGUAUGGUUCCACAAUUUUCUUGCACGUGAGAACCUCUGUUGAGAGUUCCCUGGACUUGACCAAGGCCAUUACGGUCUUGAACACUAUUGUAACCCCUGUACUCAACCCCUUUAUAUACACACUUAGGAACAAAGAUGUGAAAGAAGCCUUUUGGAAAACAGUCAGUGGGAAGUGAAAUUCACCCAGACUUGGAGAAAGUCUUCUCAGGAGUUCAGUUGGGUAAUGGAGGUUUGAGAACUUCCCUAGCUCCAGCUUUACACAUAAGCUUUCUCUACUGUGUUUCUUUUAGUUAAAACUGAUCAAACCUAAAAUAUGGGGGCAUGUUGACUAAUUAACUCUGGAAUAGGGACGGGAUUGAGUUAUGUAAUGGAGAUAAUAUAAACACUAUCACUGAUAAAAUGUCAUUAAUGAUAUUGAAUU